AUGUAUACUUACAGCACAGAGCUUCUUGCUGCUCUUGAUAGCAGCCUUCAAAUUCUCCAGAGUCUCCUGGCAAGACGAAAUAACCUCAACGGAUCGAGAGCGCGGGCCAAGAGUCCCGACGAUCUUCGUCAUAGCAGGGAAGAAACUCUGCGCCCAAAAGCCAAAACAGACCAAACUAAAUCAAACCCAUAUCACGCGAAAAACAGAUCUACCCAAAUUCACAAACUUUCACCAAAAAGAGAGAAAAGCAAAUACAGACUAGAUAAACAAAAUACUCACAGCUUUGGAUGGCUCAAGGAUGGUGGCCAUCCUGAUGGGCUCCUCGAGCAGCAACUUUGCCGCACGCAGCUGCAAGUCCGACGAGAUGCCACUGGCUCAACCAGCCAAAUCCCGCCGCUUGCCGCCGGCCGUAGCCUGAGAAGGCCGCCGUUUAGCAUAUCUGCCGCACACCGCUGCAAUUCCGACGAGAUGCCACCGCCUCAACCCCGACAACCACCACUCUGCCACCAUCGAACGAGGCAUCCGCCAGUCACUCACCUUGCUCAGCGGCUGCCCGUCGCCGGUUCCAGACACGCUGCUCAAUUCAGCGUCGGCCGACGACCACUGGACUGCCUCCGGCCUCCACCUCAACGUCCGGCAGGGUCUCCAGGGCCUCUCUUGGGGCUGACGGCGCCCCAUACCUCUUUGAGACAUUCUUCGACAGUUCGCUGCAGCAGGCGGAGUGGGGCAGCGGCGGAAUCUUCGCGGCGGGUGGAGGGGAUAUAUGCUGCAGCCUGCAGCAAGCGGAGUGAUGACAACAGCGGGAUCUUCGCGGCAGAGAGGCGGGAGAGAUAUGUUGCAGCAGGCGCGGUGACGACAACGGAUUUCAUGGCGGCAGAGUGA